CAGUCUUGUCUCACUCACCUGUGUGUGUGUGUGUGUUGGCAGUGCUCUGGCUCUAACAUCAUCUUGUAUUGUGUUUAAUCUGUGAAAACCUAUUAACUGAGAAAACUGUCAGUGUGAAGGAACACGUAGGACUUGAGUCGACCAAAUGAGAGCAAUACAGAAAUACCGAAGGAUAACAAACAUUCCAACAGACCAAGAGUCCUCUGUGAUGGCAUCUUCAUCUCUCAUGCAGAAAUUAGAACAGGCAACAGCAGAGACCUUGCCUUCAGAGGACUGGGGACUUAAUCUGGAAGUGUGUGACCUGAUCAAUGAGUCCGAGGAUGGUCCCCGCGACGCCAUUAAGGCCAUCAGGAAGCGCCUCGCCACCCAGCCCAAGAACUACACAGUCGUCAUGUACACCUUGACGCUGUUGGAGUCAUGCGUCAAGAACUGUGGGAAGCGCUUCCAUAUUCUGGCCUGCAGUAAGGACUUUGUGCAGGACUUGGUAAAGCUCAUUGGGCCCAAGAAUGAGCCGCCAGCUGCCAUCCAGGAGAAGGUCCUCUUGUUGAUCCAGGCGUGGGCUGAUGCCUUCCGUCACCAGCCAGAGCUCUCGGGAGUCAGUCAGGUUUAUGCAGAGCUCAAACACAAAGGCGUGGAGUUCCCCAUGACCAACCUGGACACCAUGGCCCCCAUCAUCACACCUCAGCGGACAGCUGCUCCUGAGCCCCGUCCUCCCCGUGUACCUCCAGGAAAUGCUACAUCACCCCGCCGCCAGACUGCUCACCAACCUGCAACCACUCCAGCUGCCCCUGUCUCCUUGACAGCUGAACAACGAGCAAAGUUGCACAGCGAACUGGAUGUAGUGGAGUCAAAUGCUAAAGUCUUGGGGGAGAUGCUAGGUGAAUUGAGCCCUGGCAAGGAACACCAGGAUGAUGUACAAUUGUUGCAGGAGCUACAUGCAACGUGUCGAGCAAUGCAGCAGCGUGUGGUUGAGCUUGUGGGCCGCGUCAGUGAUGACAUUCUGACGGCAGACCUCCUUCGUAUCAAUGAUGAUCUUAAUAAUCUCUUUCUCAGAUAUGAUCGACACAUGAACAAGGUAAAAGGUAUCAGUAGUCCCACUAAAUCUCCACAGCAACAACCCACUCCACAGCCUCCACAACUGCCACCUCCACAACGACCUACACAACAAGAAGUGUCACUAAUAGACCUUGCUGAUGAGGCGCCCUCAGCCCAGCUGGCCACUCUCACUGUAGGAAACUCCCCAAAGGCGAAGAAAAAUGAAGAUGCCGACUUUGAUAUGUUUGCACAAUCACGAACAGCUACUUACGAAAAUAACAAGACCAGUGGGAGCACAUACUUGGACAACAGCGAGAUGGACGUUACAUCAGUGUCUCUGGGUCGCGCGGCACAGUUGAGAAACAAUCCAGUUCUUGGCACUGUGGAAGAGCAGGAGCAGCUAUGGCAACUUAAAGACAGUGACUUUGACGAGAUGGAGGCGUGGCUGAACGAACAACCAAAUGAAGCAAAACCCGGAGCAGGUGCAAAAGAGGAAAGCAUCUCAUCAUCUGAAUUUGACCGCUUUUUGGCCGAGCGUGCAGCAGCAGCAGAUGCCUUACCAACCAUAACCGCUGCCACAGGAUCCUCGGGCCAACGGCAACGAACUCUGGCUCGCGACGAGAAAGACAACCAGAUGUUUGCCCUCUAAAUGGAAUGUGAUACCCUAAGAAUAUAUGCCUAGGACUUGAAGCUGUACUGGGACCAGAUUGUCAGCCGAUACAGCCCCAUUCUAUAUGUGGUUGCUUGAAUGUGAUGAUUUAUAUAAGUGACUCACGGCCUACAUGUUGUGCAUCAUAUUGUAACAGAGUUUCCACUGCAGUAAACUGCUUUAUGGUGUGUCUAAUGUGACAAAGGUGUCAUAUUCGACUUAUCCCAUAUUCCAUGUUAGAUAACGUUGUCCAGGAUACAACUGUAAUAAGGAAUUUUUUUUUUUAAUAAUUUUAUUAAACAUAGAAAAUUCUUAAGCAGUUUAUGCUUCAAUUUAGACUACUAUUUAUUCUUUAAGCAUAGGCUUGAAAAUCUUUGAUAACACUUCAUUAGCAAACCAUCUUAUUCACAAGCUUUAAUAUUAACGAAAAACUUCACUAAAAAGUAUAUUAAUUAUGUGAUAUUUAAUAUAAAAUAUGUUCCAUAACAAAAUAAUAUAAAGCAAAGUUUAGAACUACAGUAAUAGAAUAAAAGUCUCUUUCUGCAAACAAGAUAUACCUCUUCUUUUUUAUUACUUUUAAAGAGAUUUUGGUAAAACUAUUUAUAAAGAUAUAUAAAUUCAUAUAGAUGUGCUAUAGAUACAUAUAUCUAUAUUGAUGUGCUCUAUAUAAGAUGUACGUAGAUGUAUUUUACACUAUGUAGAUCUCGUUAUUCACGCACUCUGUAUAGUCAUGUAGAUCUAUGUGAUAAACUGUAUUUGGGAGUAUAAAUCUCUAUAGACACACCAUGUAGAUAUGACAUUAUAUAUGCAUUAUACUUGCUAUAUUUAAUCCAAAGGUGAAUUUUAUUUGAAACAAUUUGAAAAGUUGGUGUGACAAGUUUGAGCAAACGACAGCAACUGCGAUACAUGUGUACAGUACCUACUCGUCAACGUGAUCCUCCUUGUGACUGUGCUUAGGCAGUGAUUGGAGGCCUCUUGCUGGUGUACGUAUUUCCUUGUGCCUUUUCUUCAUUCCAGUUUACUUGUGGUACUUUUACUCUUCACAUCCUGAAUGCACUUCAAUGUACUAUCACUAGCGUGGCACUUUAAGUCGUUUCCUUGCUUAAUGCACGACAAUAGUCAUUUCUACUUGGUCUCUACUUGUGACUACCCUAUAUUCAAUUCAAGACAUGGUGAUAUGUUGCCAUUACUCAGUAAGGUAAUGAAAACUUAUGUUUUUCCUGUAAGCUUUUAAGAAUGUUUACAUUUUAAAAGUGUCUCAUUUUCCUACAGAUAAGCAAAAUCUUUCUCACUGGCCUAUUAUCCUUGAAAGUAAAAGUACAUCAUUGUAAUUAAUAAAAAUCUUCUCUGAGUUA